UUAUAUAAUCAAUGGAUUUUAAAAUUACGUUUAAACCAAUGUUUAGAGACCAAUUACUCCAUCUAUUGGUUUAGUGCCAUUACCAGCUACAUGGGUAGUUACUGUAGAAGAAAAAACCCGAUACGAUUCAAUGUUUUUGGAAUCUGAUGUUGAUAUGGAUGGUUUUGUAUCUGGACCAGAAAUUAAAGAUAGGUUUCUUAAAACUGGUAUUCAUCAAUCUAUAUUAGCACAUAUAUGGAGUCUUUGUGAUAUUAAUCAACAUGGGAAGUUGGAUAUGGAUCAGUUUAGUCUUGCUAUGUGGCUAGUAGAACGUAAACUCAAAGGGAUUGAUCCACCAAAUACACUUUCCCCUGAAAUGGUACCUCCAAGCAACAGGACUAUUACUCCAUCAAAUGCUGUUCAAAUUCUAGAAAAGCCCCCAAUGUAUUCUAAUCCGGAACUGGACAUGAUUCAAAAAGAUAUUGAUGAACUAGUCAAAGAAAGACUUAUUCUAGAAACAGAAAUUGCUCAAAAAGAAGCUGAUUUGAAAAUACGUUCUGGUGAAGUCAAAAGUUUACAGGGAGAACUAGACACCUUGUCUGCUACUCUAAAACAAUUAGAAAAUCAAAAAGGCGAGGCUCAAAAACGACUGAAUGAUCUUAGAAACCAGACUCUGUUGGUAGAAUAUGAAAUAAUCAACAUCAAUCAGAAAAUAAAGGAUGAACAAGUACAGGUAGAUAAUCUUCGCAGACAAGCUGAUGAGCAAGAACUUACAUUAAAAGUGCAAGAAGCAGAUCUUUCUUCUAAAAAACAAGAACUUGAAGAGCUUAAGACUCUAGAACAUAAACUUGAAAAAGACCAAGCUGAAAUGGGCAAAAGAUUAGAUGAGCUGAAUAACAUGUUGCAAAAUUCACAACUACAAAUAAGUCAGUUUAAGAACAAAGUAAAUCAAUUGGAGGAGAAUAAGCGUCAGAUGGAAGAUACAAUUGAGUCAACAGAAAAAGCGUUGGCUGAAGGAAAUGUUUAUGCCAUCCCAGAUUCUUUAUUAACAUUUAAUUUAGAAUUCCGGGAUCUUGAAUGUAGUAGACUUCUAGGCAAAAUUGUUGAUAAUAAAAAUUCUUUUGAAAAUGUAAAUGGUUUUACUCCAACUAACGGAACAAGUGGAUCACGUGACGAAAACUCAUUUAAAACAGAUUUCUUCACAAAUAAUGAUGCGUUUUCCACAAACAAUAAAGCGGGGACUUUUUCAAAUGAUCCAUUCACUUCAUUUGAUGAUUCUAGAACUAGAAGUCAAAGCACAGAUCCAUUUGGGGGUGAGACAAAUGUAUCCAAAUUGUCUGAUAGACAUGAAGAUAAAGAUGAGUUUGGUUGUGAUCCUUUUGCAAUACUGCAUGCUCCAACAAGACCAAGUUCAGCACCACCUCCACAACGGCCUGAAAGCCCCACUCCAGCACUUCCGCCUAAGAAAGGAAAACAGCCACCACCAAGACCUGCUCCACCAAGGCCCGCACCUUAUCAUGCACCAACAUCUCACAACAGUUCUUCAACAAGUUCAGAGUUUGCUGAUUUCGCAAAUUUUAGCAGCAAGUUUUCACAGAGUAUCAAGACAGAGCCUAAAUCAGUUUCACAAUCACAUAGUUUUGAAUUCACUGAAGACCCAUUCAAAGACUACAGAUAUGAAGAUCCAUUUAAAAUUGAUCCUUUCUCGGAUACAGGAUUUGAAACAGAUCCUUUUGGUGAUGGUGCAUUUUCUUCAGACGAAUCCCAAAAAGUUAAUGUUAGUGAUGAACAGCUCGCAUGGGAAGCCCAAAACAAAUUUAGAAUGGAAGAAGAGAAAGCGCGUUUAGAGCAAGAAAAAGCAGAUUUUGAACUGGCCCUAAGGCUUAGUAAAGCCACUCCUUCUGAUAAUAGGUCAAAAAUUUUACUAUAACAAUAAAAGUGUGUAAAAUGCAACUACCAAAAAUUAAACUUUGUAUUAAAAUAAUAUAUUAAUUUAUUAGUUAUCUGAAACUGUAAUAGGUACAAUAAUGUACCAAUUUUAUUUUUAUUUAUUAUUUAAAAUUGAAAAUCUAACACCAUUCUACUCAGCAAAUUGUAGUAUUAUAUUUUGUUACAUACAUUUUUAAAAAAUUGUAAUUAUUUUAACCUCUUAAAAGUCUUACAUUUUUUCAAGGUGAUGUACAAACGAUAAUUUAUUGGAUAAAUCUGCAGUUCUGUAUUACUUUCUAACCUUAAAAACAAGCAUUAUAAUAUGUUACAUUUUAAUUUCAUAUGGUUUUUUUCCUAAGUUUUCAAAUGAAAGUUGGAACAAAUACCUUGAAGUUAACUAUGUCUAGAGUUAAAAAAAAUUAUAAAAAUUAUUAUAGUAUUUAUAUGCCAGCACAAUAUGGAAGUUAUGUUGUUAACAUUUAGACUAAUAUUAGAUUAACAAUGAGUCCACAUUAUAAAGUACUUAAUGUUAAGCACACUGCAUAUAAAUACAUAAUCUAGAGUAUUUCUAAUGCUAUUUAUAAAAUUAUAUUGUUACCAUUAACAAAUGUAAUUAUUUAUGAUUCUAGGCAGUAUAUUAAAUCUAAUUUAAAAAAAAAUCUUUUAAAAAAUAAGUUUAAAACUAUAAAUGAUUAACGAUUAUAGUAAAUAUUUACAGAAUUGUAGUUUAAACACCACUGCCCCAUAUCCUUAAUACAUAUUAUGAUGUUACUUUAAUAAGUAACAGUAUAAUAUUAUAAUUUAUAAUAAUUACUGUUAAAUAUUUACCUAUUAAUAAUUAUCAUUAUCCUAUUAUUUAUUUGUAUCUAUGAUAUUACCUAUAUGGAAAUUGUAGCCUAUAUUGUUACCAUGUUAAUUGAUAUUUUUAUCUCUCUUAAUUUGUUAUGUAUGCUGUAAUGAUAUUACAUCACAGAAUUCUUAACAUUUUUCUUAAAAACUAUAAUCAUAAUAAAUAAUAAUGUAAUUUGUCACAAAAAAACGAGUUUUAAUCACAAGUAUAAUAUUUACUUGCAUGAUAACUUUUAUGAAUCAACGGCCAUCAAUUUAUGUUUUGUUAUAUUUUAUACACUGUUGUUAUUUUUAAUUGUUGUUAUGGAACAUUUUUAGGGGCAAAUUAUGUAAAAGAAUAAUUUGUUUAUUCUAAAUACGAGCUUUUGAAUGUAUUUGUACAUUUUUUUUUAUAUCUAGUAGGGAAGAGUAUAAAAAAAUUAUAUAAUAUAUCAAACGUCUUCUAUAUCUUCCCAAUAUUUCUUUAUUUAAUAUAAAAGUAAAUAAUAAAUCAUGAUAUUAUAAUCAGUAACAAAUGUAGUUAAAACGGCCAUGCUUACCUCACAUUUUCACAUCUAUAUAAAAUCCCAAGUAAAAUUAUUUUGUUUAAUUUUCUUUUGUUGUCCUCUAAUUUAUACAGAAUCGUAUUAUGUGACAAUUAUACAAUAAUGUUUAGCUGCUGUUUCGAUACAUUUUGUUAUUUUCCUUGUCCUAUAUAAUAUAAACUUUUAUUUUUAAGAUUUAGCUGAUAAUUAAUCGUUAUUGGCUAUAGUAGAAUAUUUUUUAGCAUCAUGACAAUAUGUUAAUUGUUGGAAACUAAUACUACUUUUCUGCAUUCCAUUCGUUGAUAAAUGUGUAUCAAAUCUAACAAUAAAAUGAUUGAUAUUAU